AUGCACAUUAGUACAAAACCUUUCAAAUGGACUGAGUGUGACAAGUCUUUUAACCAAAGAUCAUGCUUUAAUAUGCAUCAGAUAGUCCAUGCUGGAGAGAAACAAUUUCUAUGUGAUAUAUGUGGCAAGGUCUUCAAUCAGAAAUCCAACCUUAAAAGUCAUCAGAGAGUGCAUACUGGAGAGAAACCUUACAAAUGUCCUGAAUGUGGCAAGGUCUUCAACAAGUCACACCUAGCAAAUCAUCAGAGAACCCAUUCUGGAGAGAAACCAUUCCAAUGUGAUGAAUGUGGCAAGGUCUUCAGUCACAGUUGCUACCUUGCACAACAUCUGAUAAUUCAUACUGGGGAAAAACCUUUUAAAUGUAAUGAAUGUGGCAGGGUCUUUAGUCACAGAUCAUACCUGGCAAAUCAUCAGAGAAUCCAUACUGGAGAGAAACCUUACAAUUGCAGUGAAUGUGUUAAAGUGUUCAGUCAUAGGGCAUCCCUAGCAAAGCAUCAAAGAAUCCAUACUGGAGAGAAACCAUAUGAAUGUAAUGAAUGUGGUAAAGUGUUCAGUUGUAACUCACACCUUGCAGAACAUCUGAUAAUUCACACUGGAGAGAAACCUUUCCAAUGUAAUGAAUGUGGCAAGGUGUUCAGUCGCAGUUCCCAUCUUGCUCGUCAUCAUAGCAUUCAUACUGGAGAGAAACCUUACAAAUGUUGUGAACGUGGAAAGGUCUUUAGUCAGAAUUCAUACCUUGCAUGUCAUCAAAGAAUUCAUACUGGAGAAAAACCUUACAAAUGUAAUGAAUGUAGCAAAGUCUUCAGUCAUAAGUCAUACCUAGCAAAUCACCAGAGAAUCCACACUGCAGUGAAACCUUACAGAUGUAAUGAAUGUGGCAAGGUCUUCAAUCAAAUUUCACACCUUGCAAAUCACUGUAGAAUUCACACUGGAGAGAAACCAUACAAAUGUAAUCAAUGUGGAAAAAUAUUUGAUCAAAUUUCACAUCUUGCCCAACAUCAAACACUUCACACUGGAGAGAAACCUUUCAAAUGUAAUGAAUGUGGCAAGGUAUUUAGUCACAACUCCUAUCUUGCACAACACCUUAUAAUUCAUACUGGAGAAAAGCCUUUGAAAUGUAAUGAAUGUGGCAAGGACUUCAGACACAAGUCAUACUUAGCAAGUCAUCAGAGAAUCCAUACUGGAGAGAAACCUUACAAAUGCAGUGAAUGUGCCUAUGUUUUCAGGUAUAGAUCAUCUCUAGCAAAGCAUCAAAGAAUCCAUACUGGGGAGAAACCUUAA